UUAGAAAUGGUUGUUAAAAUACAAAUAUAUCUUCGGGCUGUGGUCCCCAUGUGCCCGUCUCUUAGCCCCGCCUCUGCUGAUGAUGCCGCUCUGUGAGGAGAAGUGAGGGAGGAAGGUCUCAGACUUAGAGCAGCAGAGGCAGCGCUACACCGCGGCUCCAUCUCCGGUACACCGGGCCUCAUCCGUUCGACUCGGUUCGGUCUCUGUCCUCCCGGUUCGUGUCGCGGCUGAUCCGCAGCAGCAGCAACAAUGUGGUGCAUCAACUGCGCUUCGGACAAAACACCCGCAAUCCUGAACAACAAGCUGCUCUACUGUGUGGAGGGCGAUCCUCAGUGUCCGGAGGUGCUCACGUUCUCAGACUCCUCCUUUGGCCAGCCUCCUCCAUUCCAUCGCUAUAGCAACAUUCCCCUCACCAGCCCUUGUGACCCCUACGGUACCACUUCCUGUAGCGGGCCCCUCGGAGCCUCUCACUCUCAAACACAGGGCAGCUCCCCCAUAUCUCCCCCCAGCCCAGCGAGCCUCGCCUGGGCUCAGCGCAGCAGACACCAGCCGGCCAGCCUGGCGCUCCGUAAGCAAGAGGAGGAGGAGAGCAAACGCUGCAAGGCGCUAUCUGACAGCUAUGAGCUCUCUACAGACCUCCAGGACAAGAAGGUGGAGAUGCUGGAGAGGAAGUAUGGGGGCCAGUUCGUGUCCCGGCGGGCAGCGAGGACGAUCCAGGCGGCGUUCAGACGGUACCGCAUGAACAAAAAAUUUGAGAGACUCCGCAGCUCCGCCUCAGAGAGCAGGAUGACCCGGCGCAUCAUCCUGUCCAACAUGAGACUGCAGUAUUCGUUUGAUGAGCGGCAACCACAGGGUCAGGGAUCACCGGGUCAGCAGGGUUCAGAAGAUGCUGGAGACAUAGACGACUCUUUCUCCAAACAGGUAAAAUCUCUCGCUGACUCCAUGGACGACUCUCUCACCUGCCAGUCCGGCCGCGAGGACUCUCAGGAUGUCGGGGGAGAAGGAGAGGAGGACGAGGAUGAGGAGGAGGGAGAUGAGGAUGAAGAAGAGGAGGAGGAAGAAGAUGAGGAGGAAGAUGAGGAGGUAGAUUACAGACAGUGUGGAUGGCACAACACAAAUACAGCAUCCCGACGUGUGCCCAGCCGAGUGGAGGGAGGUAGAGGAGGUGUCGCCAUGCACGAGGACAGCACCGCCACCUCCUUUAGUGAUGUCACCCUCUACAUGGACGAAGGCUGCCUCCCGUCCUCGCCGUUGUCCCGUCCCGCCUCCAGCUCGGACACAGACUACUGGGGAGGAGGAGGAGGAGGCGCAGGUGGGAGGGAGGACAGCAGAGAGACAGAGGGAGGCAGCAACGCCAGCCGGAGGAGCAGCACCCCCUGCACAGAGUGUCGAGGAGAGUACAGAGGGAGAGGAGGAGGAGCAGGAGGAGGAGGGGGAGGACACCUUCCUGUCCUCACUAUUGAACCACCGAGUGACAGUUCAGUGGACAUGAGUGACAGGUCAGAGCGUGGGUCUAUCGGACGUUUGGUAUAUGAGCAGGAGUCCUCAGGAGUGGAGGGAGAAGAGAGGGGGAGAGGAGGAGGAGGGGAAGGUGAAAGUGGAGAGGAUGAGCUUGGAGGAGGAAGCAGCGAGGCUGAAUCUCCACAAGGAACCAUCAAACACAAACCGAACGGCCGCUCGGUUGCCAUGGCGCAAGGACAGACCCGCAGCCCUGCUAACGUCCCCCUGCCGAUGCCGUCGGCCCGGACACUGCCAUCUCACCCGCUCCAACACACCCACCCUCACCCCUCAGCCAUCCCCCACCUUCCUACCAUCCUCCACCACCACCCGCAGUACAGCCAGCCGCAUAUCAUGCACAUGCACCACGUUCAUGGCAGCAGCCCGUACAUGCAGCAUCCGCACCACUUUUCCCAGCACCACUACCACCACCUGCACCACCAACACCACCACCUGCCCCACUCUUACACAGAACCCCCUGCAUCCCCACUGCCCUCCCCGGUUCCACCUCUAACACCUUUGUCCCCACUACCACCGCCUCUGACACCCUCCCCAAUGUCCUCCUCCUCUUCCUCAGCGCUCCAGAACCUGGAGGGUCAGCAUCACCUCGCCCACCACCCCCACCUCCAUCACCACCACCACCACCUGCUCUGCUCAGACGGAGACAAUGAGAGCGUGAACUCCACCACCACCAACUCCAACGAUGACACCACCGUCAACAACUGCAGCUCUGGCUCCUCCUCCAGGGACAGCCUGCGGGAGCCGAUCGGAGGAGCCAUGCUGGGGAAACAAACCUACCAGAGGGAGAGUCGUCACAGUUGGGACUCUCCCGCCUUCAACAAUGACGUGGUGCAGAGGCGGCAGUACCGCAUUGGACUCAACCUGUUCAACAAAAAGCCAGAGAAGGGUAUCCAGUACCUGAUUGAGAAGGGCUUUGUGUCGGACACUCCGGUGGGCAUCGCCAGGUUCAUCCUGGAGCGGAAAGGACUGAGCAGACAGAUGAUCGGGGAGUUCCUGGGCAGUCGGCAGCAAUUCAACAAGGACGUCCUCGACUGUGUCCUGGAUGAGAUGGAUUUCUCUGGAAUGGAUCUGGACGAAGCUCUGAGAAAGUUCCAGGCCCAGAUCAAAGUUCAAGGUGAAGCUCAACGGGUGGAGCGGCUGGUGGAGGCCUUCAGUCAAAGAUACUGUGUCUGCAACCCAGUGCUGAUCCGGCAGUUCCAGAACCCAGACACCAUCUUCAUCCUGGCCUUUGCCAUCAUCCUCCUCAACACGGACAUGUACAGCCCCAACGUCAAGCCUGAAAGGAAGAUGAAGCUGGAGGACUUCAUCAAGAACCUGAGAGGUGUUGAUAAUGGUCAGGAUAUCCCCAGAGACCUGCUGGUGGCCAUCUAUGGACGGAUCCAGAAGUGGGAGCUGAGGACCAACGAUGACCACGUGUCCCAGGUCCAGGCAGUGGAAAGGAUGGUGGUCGGCAAGAAACCAAUUCUGUCGCUGCCUCACCGCAGGUUGGUGUGCUGCUGUCAGCUGUUUGAGGUUCCUGAUCCAAACCGGGCUCAAAGGAGCGGCGUCCAUCAGAGAGAAGUCUUCCUGUUUAACGACCUGCUUAUGGUAACAAAGAUCUUCCAGAAGAAGAAGACGUCAGUGACAUACAGUUUCAGGCAAUCGUUUCCUCUGCUCGACAUGCAGGUCCACACCUUCCAGAACACCUACUACCCUCAUGGUAUCAGGCUGACGUCGGCAAACCCCGGAGGAGAGAGGAAGGUGUUGAUCAACUUUACGGCUCCGAGCCAGCAGGACCGAGCACGCUUCACCUCUGACCUGCGAGAGAGCAUUGCAGAGGUCCAGGAGAUGGAGAAGUACAGGGUGGAGUCCGAGCUCGAGAAGCAGAAAGGCAUGCGUCCCGGCAUGUUGGCGGGAUCAGGUGGGAUGGGGACAUCAGGGAGUGGGACCAGCUCUGCGGGAGGUCCCAUGAAGGGCGAGGUGGUAAACGGCACCCUGGGAAGACCAAGCCUUGAUGACACGUACGCAUCAGUGGAUGGACUCAAACGCACGGCACUCAGCUCCUCGCUCAGAGACCUGUCAGAGACAGGGAAGCGAGGUCGUAGGAACAGUGUGGGCUCAUUGGACAGUACCAUUGAAGGUUCCAUCAUUAGCAGCCCACGGCCUCACCAACAGCGCCCCCUGCAGGGUCCAAGUCUGUCCUACAGCCCUAUGAUGGUCCCUUCGUCUCCAGCAGCUUACCGGCCGCACCGCCCUACUCAGAGCCCCGGUACAGGGGUGGGGGGUGGGCCGGGGCUCUGUCACAACCAGGGAGGGGUCACAGCAUCUCCUCUCGCGAGCGGGGUAGGGGCUGGGGUCGGAGGAGGGAUGGUGGUGGGUGGCGUCCAGAUUCCAGGAGGCCGAAUGGGGAAUUUUUUUGGCAGCCGAAGAGGCAAAGUUCCUGGUCCCCUGACAAUGAUGUCACCCCCUCCUCAGGGUCCACCAAGUCCUCUGAUGAUAUCGUCACCCCCCCACUACCCUGCCCCCGCACCUCCCAUCGCCCUCCCAUCCUCCCCUUCCCCAUGCCCCUCCCCAUUGCCCAACCUCGGCCAGUCGGACUUGGCAGGAGCUGGAGGGGGUGGAGGUCCGGGAGGGGGGCCAUCCAAGCUUCAGGCUUUGCACGCUCAGUAUUGCCACGGCAACAGUGGAGGAGGCGGAAUCAGUGUUACUGGACACCAGCAGCAACAGACACCACCUCCCCCCUACCAUCACCAUCACCGCUACCACAUGCAGACCAUGGCACAGCAUCACGCCCUGUCGCACCGGUUUUCCGCACCCCUACGGCAAGGUUGCGCUCCCUCUCAUACCCAGCCACAUCAGAGGUUGCAGCAAGGCUCUGCCCAGCACCCGCGUUACAACAUGGCCUCUGGCUUUACCACGCCCCCGCCAUUGUCCCCGCACUCCCCUGUCACCCCUACUACCCCGCACGGACUCUACCACCCGGGCAGGCCAGGUGGAGGCACCAAGCUCCCUCUAACUAUCUCGCACUCCCAGCCCCACCCGCACGCUCACACACACACUCACAACCACGCCGUGCACACACACUCCCCGCUCAGCCCGUCCCCCUCCGCAACAGGCUCCACCCACUUCAUCUUUUCCACCCCGCCGCCUCAGACUCCUUCAGCACGCCUCGUCACCCAAACAGCCCCACAACCCUAUACGCCCCAGUACCCUCCCCUGUCGUCCAUCCCGCCUCCCCCUCCACACUCCCCGUUACCUCCACCAUCGUCUGCACCGCUCUCACCGCACCCCCCAGGGGUGGGGCAAGGGGCAGGCCCCAAAUCGAAGCCUGUCAGCCGGAUCAGCACAGUCGUGUGAAGAGGCAGAAAUCAAGGACAGUGGUGCGCAACCCUGCAGUGAGCCGCCAGGGGGCGAUAUUGAGGCUGAGCACAAGAGGAAAGAGGGGAAGAAGAGGGGGAGGACAGAUGCAGAUGUAUCCAAAUGGCCGCCUCAUGAGGAGGAGAGCUUUAAGAGAAGGAAAGAGGAAGUUACUCAGCCUGUGCUAUUUUCACAUCGACUUUCCUCGCAGGUAGAAAGGUGUUUAAGGGGUAAUUGCCUCUCAGCAGUGGCAAAACUCCCACUUAGGUCUGAAAAUGUCCUUAUGUCCCCUUCAUACUGCCCCGUGAGAAGCAGAUCUGGUCUGACCGCUGCAGGAAAAACAGGGAACUUUAAAAACAAACAGCCGAUCAGAUCUGCUCCGAAUGAAAUCUCAGACUCUUCUGCUCCCAUGUGGGGCGGCCUGUGGUUUGUGUCUGUACAGGGAUGGGCGACUUGUUGGUGUCUAAACAACGGAGCGGACCACUUCAUGGAGAAAACACAUUUCUUGUUUAUAAUGUAGAGCAAAAAGAGACUGCAGUAGUCCCUGUAAAAUUGUACGUGUAAAGUGUGAAAUAUGUGUCCAACAGAGACGACAUUAUUUUAAAAAUUAUGUUUGGAAGAUUUUAGCUGUGUACAUAAAUAUAUAUUACUUGUACUUUGUUUUUGAAAUUGCAGAAAUAUGAACAAAGUGGAAAUAUUUAUUGCUCUAAAGAUAUAAAAAUUUGUUCAUGUGGAUGGAAACUUU